AUGUCAUCAGUGGCGGCCGGCAAUCGUGCAAGUGACAUGUGGACCAAUAGUGCAGAUCUAUACUCGCAAAGUAUACGUCAAGGAAACCCUAACCAUGCCUACCAAUAUCCGACACCUCCGAAUGGCUUUGCACAUUACCAAAACAAUUUCUAUCAGCAAAACAGUGAGUAUCCACAAAUACAUAAUUCUGAUAUAACGAAUAAAAACUAUCAUAAUUCUCCAAAUAGUGUAGUGAAAACCGAACCGAUACAUUGGCACAAUUAUCCGGACUACAGCAACCAAAUGAACUUGGAUAUGGUAAAUAAGUGGCGAGAAUUAAACUAUUAUUCGCAACAUAAUGGGUUCGAUCAACGAAAUAUUGCAUUAAAUACGUGCUACGAAGCUAAAAGCGAUGAAGUACGACCUGUGAAUUCUCCUGGCCAAUGUAGUGUAUCCGAGAACAGUUAUGGAUCACCUCAUAGUACGUCGAGCGUUAAUAAAUUAACAAACGCAGAUGAAGAAGAUUCACCAAAUUUAAGGGCUUUACUAACGAAAACUAACGACCGUAAGAUUUCGCCCUAUUACACAAAAUAUGACAAAACGUAUACUCACGAGGCUGCACCAAAAUACCGCAUGACUAAUGUUAAUGAUUGGGCAAAAACAAAACCUCAAGACACUGAUAGAAAUUUGCUUCAAUUUCACGGUGAAUUUCAAAACGGCGUGGAGGAUCAAACAAAAAUCAAGAGCCAAGACGCUAUUGGUGAGGCGCCGGUUUCAAAGGAGAGCGCGCCAUCAUCACGAGGCACCGAGGAGAGCUGUCAGGACGUGACGAGGGUCAGUGCAGGCGGGGACAAUGCGGAUUACGGAGAGAACAAAAUGGCCGCUGUUCCAGAUGUACAAGCUUUCUACCCAUGGAUGAAGAGCACCGGAGGUGAUGACAAGAGGGAAGGAUCAAAACGUACGAGGCAGACUUACACCCGCUACCAAACAUUAGAAUUGGAAAAGGAGUUCCAUUUCAACAAGUAUCUAUCAAGAAGAAGGCGCAUUGAAGUCUCCCACGCGCUCGGUCUUACUGAAAGGCAAAUUAAAAUUUGGUUUCAAAACCGUAGAAUGAAGGCAAAGAAAGACGGUAAGCUGUCGACCUCUCCCGACCCGUACGUUAUCGAAGAUAAUAUGCCAAAGUUAGGAAGCAUCUCUGAGUAUAUGGACACAAGGCAACAGAUAUCUAACUUAGGCGCCUAUACAAAUUAUCAUUUACAAAACGCACCUCCAAACUUAAAUCAUACUCCAGGUAAUAUAGCACAAAACUGUGUGAUGCCGAAUUAUGUAGACGGCUUAAUACAAAAUAUGUGA